AUGCGUAAAGAGCUCAAAUAUAUGAUUUACGGUAAUGUACUAGUGUUAAUUACCAUACUGUAUAUCACCUUUGACCUGCUAACAUUGGCAAUUGACGACACUUUGAAAGAUGCAUUAUUGGAUGUUGAUUUGAAUCCACCACCCGGUACACCAGAGAAAGCACAGUUGAUUCCCAAAAUUAUCCAUCAGACUUAUAAAACGGAUGAAAUUCCUGGACAUUGGAAGGAGGGACGUCAAAGAUGUUUGGACUUACAUCCUGAUUACGAGUACAUUCUUUGGACAGAUGAGAUGGCGGACAAAUUUAUUGAGGACGAAUACCCAUGGUUUUUAGAAACAUUCCGCAAUUACCGUUAUCCGAUUGAACGUGCAGAUGCAAUUAGGUAUUUUAUUCUUUCACAUUUCGGUGGUGUUUAUAUUGACUUAGACGAUGGAUGCGAGAGAAAAUUAGAUCCUCUAUUAACGGUACCUGCGUUUGCGAGAAAGACGUCACCUACUGGUAUUUCCAACGACGUUAUGGGAUCAGUGCCACAUCAUCCAUUUUUCAUAAAAUUGAUGCAUUCAUUGAAAAAAUAUGACCGUAACUGGAUUAUACCGUACGUUACCAUUAUGUCUUCGACAGGACCACUAUUUGUUAGUAUGGUUUGGCAACAGUAUAAAAGAUGGGGAGUACCAAAAAAUGGGGAUGUUAGGGUUUUACAACCCGCGGACUACAAGAUGCAUGAGCAUUCAUUUUUUUCCAUUUCGAAGGGAUCAUCAUGGCAUCUAGAUGAUGCAAAAUUUGUUAAAAGCUUGCUGAACCAUAUCCUUGCAUGUGUUGUAGUAGGGUUUGUGUUUGCAUUUUUUGUUCUUUACACGGAAUACUGUCUUUACUGCUGGUUGUGCUCUACGACUGGUAACAAGAAAGCUGUAAAUUGGCGUCCAUGGUCAUGGUGGAAACAUGAAGGCGUAGAGGAAGAGAAAUUGAGACAGAAGAGGUUGAGAAAGGAUUCAAACGUUCCAUUUGUUUUGCCUCAGGUUGAAAAGGGGUUUGACGGGGAAACGGUAUGA